GAAGGCGAGGCGGGUUUUCCAAGUCUUUGCGUUUCUUAGUGUUGCAUAUUGUCUUUCCAGAUUUUUAGUGUCCCACGUCCUAUGGGAUCACUAUCAUUGGGUUAUUAUCCUUCAUGUAAUGUGGUAGCGACGGCAACAUCUGGGUCAGCUUCUACAGACGAUCGACAACAAGCUCUUAUUUAUCCAUGUAUUAAGAUAAUGAGCAUCACUGGAUUCGAUCCUGAACGGUAUAAAGUCAUCAAGGGUGAAUAUACACCACUCGCAUGUUAUGGUGAAUUACGAAUUAAUUAUUGUAUCACACGUGAUAUCCCUUUCCUAUCAAAUUCCUUUAUUACAAAUUGGUCUCAAGCACAAGUUAAUCUUGACAGACAAUUAUUUAAUGAAGCCUUUGAUUUACCCUUACCAUAUAAUGCCUUGUACGACUAUAAUGGAAUUUGUUUUGUCCUGUCAUCUACGUAUACGGAUAAAAAAGGUAUGCAUGAACAGUUGAUAGCUGGUGCAAACAUGAAAUUAUACAAUUCUAAAAAAGUAUUUCGACAAGGAAUUUACGAACUUGAAUUACAUCCUUUGGAACCGUUAGGUGUUUAUCGACUAGAGGAUGUUGAAAAAUUAGUAAGGAAACCUACUUUUGACUCAAAACCUUCGAAUAUGGAUACCAUGAACCAAAUCCUUAAGACGAAUCGUAAACACCUUCGUAAUGAAUUGUUAGAAACACCAUUAGAUCGACAUUGUAUGCCAGAUGUGGAACAUGCGGUUGAUGAGGCGAAACGAGCUAGUGGACGUUUAUUCCUUAGUGUAAAAUUUGAGUUUUCACGAAGCUAUCCAUCUGUGUAUAUGCCUGUAAUAUUUCAGCGUCCAUUUCUACCUGAACAGUCAGAAUUACGAGCUGAUCGAUGGAAUCCAGUAGAUGAAAAGUAUUUUAAAAUGACACGUAAUGCUCGUACAGCUGACGUGGAUCGUGCACGUAAACCUAAUAAAGACAUAUUAGAUAGAUUGAAACUUGUUCUUGAUUUACCACCAGGAUUAAAUAUAUCCGAAUCAGAUGGGGAUCUUAUCUGGAAGUAUCGAUUUUAUUUAGCUGAUAAAUUCCCUGAAACUUCUUUAGCGAAAUUCAUUUUAUCUGUCCGUUGGGAAUAUACAGAACAAGUGAAUCAAGCUGUUGAAUUGUUAAAACAAUGGCCAAAAAUAGCGCCUGAACAUGUCCUAGAACUGUUCACUCGUCAAUUUCUUCAUCCUGCCGGUAGAAGAUUUGCUGUACAUCGUUUGGAAGCUGCCAGUGAUGAGGAACUUAUUUUAUACUUAUAUCAACUUGUACAAGCAUUGCGCUAUGAAAAUUGGCAUGAUAUAUUUUCAGUCCAACCUAAAAGAAAUGAUCGAACUUCUAAACGUAAUGUUUCAGAUGUUACAAAAGAAGGUAAUUCUCAAGAGGUGAAAUCUACAAAUUUGACAUCAAAUCGUAAAAUGCCAUCAUCUUUUCGUACUGGACGAGGUGGUGCAUUGCAAAAUAUUGAACGCAGUCGUGAAGAAUUAAUUGGAUGGCAUUCUGAUUUAAAAAAGGAAUGGAAAGAAGAUUUAGCCAGUUUCCUUAUAAGACGUGCUCAAUUAAAUUUUCGUAUUGCAAAUUACUUGUAUUGGUUUUUACGAUUAGAAGCAAACAGUAAUGAUGGUGAAGAUGAUUUCUGGGAACGGGAUAGAGUAAAUCCACCCGACACUCAAAAGAUGUAUAAACAUGUUUUGAAUAGACUUUUACAUGCUUUUGAUGCUGGUAGUCCUACUUGUCAAAAAUGGAACAUAGAACUACUACAACAAACACAAUUCAUUCAAGAUUUAUGCCGGUUGCUAAAAUCAGUUACCAAUGAUUUGGGUAAUCGUUCACGCAAAAUUGAAUUGCUAAGAUCAAAGUUGGAUAGUGAAGAAUAUGCUCAUAUUAGGCAUAUUGAUAAACCAUUCCCACUUCCUCUAAAUCCGGAUAUUAUUGUAUGCGGUGUACAGUCGUCUACAGCUACACUAUUCAAGAGUUUUCAACGACCUGCACUAUUGACUUUUAUCCAACCGAAUGGCGACACUUAUCGAGCUAUUUUAAAACACGGUGAUGAUUUACGUCAGGAUCAAUUGGUUUUACAAAUGAUUGAGUUAAUGGAUGUGAUACUUCGCAAAGAAAAUUUCGACCUUCGAUUGACACCAUAUAAAGUUUUGGCAACAAGUAACCGUCAUGGUUUAGUUCAAUUUGUCGAAUCUAUUUCAUUGGCUGAUAUUCUUCAUCGUUCCACAUUACUAGCUUAUUUACAGUUAAAAGCUCCGAGUCCAAAUAGUCCUAUGGGUGUUCAAAAAGAUGUUAUGGAAACAUAUAUUCGUUCUUGUGCCGGUUAUUGUGUCAUCACUUAUCUUCUUGGAGUUGGUGAUCGUCAUAUGGAGAACUUACUGCUCACUGCUGAUGGUCAUUUAUUUCAUAUUGAUUUUAGUUUUAUUCUUGGCGCUGAUCCUAAACCAAUGGCACCUGAAGUAAGAUUAACUCGUGCAAUGAUUGAUGGUAUGGGUGGUCCAAAUUCAAAUCAAUUUAAUGAAUUUUGGAAAAUCACUUUUACAGCUUUUCUUAUUUUAAGACGGAAUACAGAGUUUCAAUGGUCAACAAAAUAAUGCAUCUGAAUUUUUAAAAGAACAUUUCUGUGUACAUCAAUCAGAAGAGAAAGCUGUUAGUCGACUGGCUAAUCGUAUGACUGAAUCUAUCAAGGCUAUUGUACCUGAUAUUAUGGAACGAAUACAUACUAUUGUACAAUAUAUGAGGAACUAAUCAAACCUUCCAAUAAUCUAAUUGUGAUAUAGAUCUUCAGUAGCUUUUUUGUCAAACUUAUAUUUUCCUAACAAAAAUAUAUCAUACAUUUUCACCAGGAUACUUUUGUUUACAAAAUGUUUCAGUCAAUAACAAAAUGUCACAGUAUUUCUUAUCAUUAUUUAAUAAUUUUUGUAACAAUGUAUGUACAUGAAUAAUAAUAAUAUUAACAAUAAUAAUAGAGUUGUCUUAUGUAAA